AGCCAGGUUGGUCUCUGGGUCAUCUCGGAGAGACCACAUUACUCCUUUGUUGAUGGAGUUACCCUGGCUGCCAAUAGGUUUCCGGGCAAAAUACAAAGUGCUAGUUAUCCUCUCUAAUAAAACGCUUGGUGUCCGUUCGUGGACGGGCACCAAGCGUGUGUUCGUGCCUCCCUGCCCUGUUCUGCGCCUGCGAGAAGCGCAGGCCCAGAACAGGGCAAGGGAGACACGACCGCCAGCACCCGGCGGACAUCUUGGACGGCCACAAGCAGCCACCCUGAAGAAGCCGGAGAAGCGCCGGCAGGGGAAACUGGCCGAGGCGGCGGCAGAGCCGCCGCCUCGCCCAGAAGAGACAGCAACCAAGCUGGGGAGACAGGGGACGGAAUGGAGGCCAACGGAGGCCGGCGGGACAGAGCUGACUGUGAAGGGCCCGGGCCGGCCGCGGAGGAUGGCAGCGGCGCCUCCAGAGACCGCCCGGCCGAGGCUGUAUAGUGACUUGGUGCUGAAGACCAUGGUGGACGUCAUUGGGAAAGUGCAGGAGGUGCUGAAGGAUCCAGACAACACCCUGAUCGUGCUGAGUGGGGGGGGAGCCUCUGGCCGCCUCGCCUUCCUCAUGGCCGUGUCCUUUAACAAGCUGCUCAAGGGGCUGGGGCAUCUGCCACAAUACACCUACAUCAUUGCAGGGGGAGACAGGUCUCUUGUGGCGUCCCAGGAGGGGCCGGAAGACAGUGCACUUCUAGGCAUGGAGGACCUAAACAAGGUCUGCGUAGGGAAGAAGAGGGUCAUUUUCUUUGGGAUCUCCUGUGGCUUGUCUGCCCCCUACGUGGCUGGACAGUUGGACUUCUGCAUGAACAACCUGGACAUCUUUGUUCCGGUCCUGGUGGGAUUUAACCCCGUCACGAUGGCCAGGAACGAGAAGAUCGAGGGCUUCCAUUGCACCUUCCGGCAGGUGGCUGAGCGGAUGGAGAAGCUGCAGGAGUCCCACCGGGCCUUUGUCCUGAAUCCUGCAGUGGGGCCCGAAGGCAUCGCCGGCUCCUCGCGGAUGAAGGGGGGCAGCGCCACAAAGGUCCUCCUGGAAACGCUGCUCCUGGCAGCUCACAAGACGGUUUCCAAGGACAGGGAGAUCUCAGAGAAGUGUCUCCUGGAGAUUCUGCGCACUUACGAACGCGCCCACAAAGUCACCUACAGCCAGAGCAAGAAGAUCGCUGCCCUAGUGAAGCAGGCAGGCACCAGCCUACAGAAGAAGGCCUACGUGUACAUGGUGGGCUGGCACACACUGGGCAUCAUCGCCAUCAUGGAUGGGGCUGAGUGCAUCCCUACCUUUGGAGCAGACAUCAACGACAUCCGAGGCUUCCUCAUUGGGGACCACAGUGAGAUGUUUAACAGAGAGGCUGAUCUGAUAGCCCAGGGCCCAAAGUUUGCAUUCUCAGAAGAGGAUUUUGUGAAAACAAUCCUCCCCUCGCUGACGGAGCUGGAUACUGUCCUCUUCCUCUUCACCGUGGAUGAUGACCUGGCUGAAGUGGAGAAGCUGGCGCUGCAGGUGAAGGAGAGGACCGCCAACGUCCAGGCCCUUUCUCAUGCCACUGUGGGGCAAUACCUGCCGGCCUCUCUCAAGAAGCUCUUCCCCUCCAUCAUCAGCAUCAUGUGGCCCAUCUUGUUUCUGGAGUAUGAAGGCAACUUCAUCCAGAGGUUCCAGAGGGAGCUGAGCACCAAGUGGAUCCUGAACACAGUCAGCACCGGGGCCCACGUGCUCAAAGGCAAGAUCCUGCGCAAUUACAUGGUGGAUUUGAGAGUGAGCAACUCCAAACUCUUCUGGAGGGCGGUCACAAUCCUGCAGAGGUUCACGGGGCAUCCGCAGGCCAGGUGCCUGGAGGCGCUGCUGCAGGUCAUCUACCACCCGGAGCCGCUCUCCGAGGAGAUCCGCGGGGCUGAGGUCUCCAAGCACAUCGCUGUGGCCACCGACAAGAGCAAGGUGGUGCCCACAGCGUUGCUCUGCCUGCUGCGCAGCUGCCCGGUGCCAGAGGCCAGCGCCCGCCUGGAGGCCGCGCCUUCUCUCCGCGCCGCCCUGGACGCUGCCCUGCACGCCCCGGGGCGGAAGCGAGCGGCGGCGGACAAGCCCACCGCAGAGCCCGGCGACGAGCCGAGCACGUAGCAGCAGCGGUGGGCCCCUGGCCGCCUGCACCGGGUCUUCCAGCCAGAAGCGCGCACGCGGGCCACGCGGGCAGGCAGCAGCCCCCGCGGCUCCCUCCUCCCUCCCCCACCCCCGCAGGGGUCCGGCUGGGGCGCCGGGCCCGAGUGGCCGCAGGGGGCCCUCGCUCUGUGCUGCUGCUGGGCCAAGGGGUUCCACGCGGCGCACCCGGCCGUGGCCCUGCGGAUCGGCCCCACGAGGCUCUCUGCUGCUGCUGCUGCUGCCGCCUGUGCAGGGAGGGGCGGGGGCGGGAUUCCUCCCGGCUGCCCUCCUCCUCCUCCUCCUCCUCUUCCUCGGAGGCUGGAUGGCUCUCCCUGCGGCCCCCGCUUCUUGGAGUGGGGUGGGCGGAGGGGGUGGCCAAAGUGCCCUCACUUUUUGUAAUAAAGCAUGUGCCCCCCACA